GGGUUGGAACCACUGAAAAUCGAUAAGAAAAAUGGCAAAUUAUGUUUGAAAAUGAGAUUUUGUCGUGAAAAGUGUAAUUACAUUGAGAUCCUUAAACAGUGUCUCAAUUUUUUGAAUGGAUUUGAAAAUACAAAAGGUUACAUUGUAAAGUCUAUGAGAGUGAUAUGAUAUGAUUCUAGUUUGUUAUUGAUUGAAAUUUUUAAAAUUAAUUGUUCAGUUCUUAACAAUUGUUAAUCGAUUUAUGUUACGAAUUUCAUUUACAAAGAACAUGUAGAUUACAAUUUGUGGUUCAUUAUAAAAUUGAUCUUGAUUGAUCCAUGCUCAACACAGCUUUUUCAAUCUGUAAGGUUAGUCCUAGGAUUACACUUUCUGGUUGACAACAAUAUAAUAACAGUGUUAUUGUGUUAAACUUACCGGUUUGGUUAUCAUUAUUUUAACCGAUUGUUCACUCAAUUAGCCCAUUAUGUUAUCCUGAUUUAAUGCUUCAUCUAGUCAAUCAACUGGUCCAAUCACUUUUGCUGUAUAAAUUGAAAUAGCUUUACAUCGUUAAUUCAAGUUAACCCAUUCUUUUAUAUAACCAGUGACCAAUCAACCUUUUUCUUGUUUUCAUUCCAUAACCGUUACUAUUUUUAUUACAAAAUUGGCAUGUAAUUUACUGUAUUUUUCACAUAAAUAUAUUUAAUUAUUCAUUUAACUUCAAUUGGAGAUUAAUAAUUUAAACAAAGGAUCAUUCAAAUUGUUAUAAAUCUGUUAUAACAAUAUAAUGGCCUCAAGUGGUAACAACAAUACUAAUGCAAACGAUGGUAAAUACACAGCUGCUAUGAUUUUUCUCCAUGGACUUGGUGAUACUGGACAAGGUUGGUCAGAUAGCAUUGGAGCAAUUAUUCCACCAUAUUGUAAAUUAAUUUGUCCCACUGCCCCUUCCAUACCAAUCACCUUGAAUGGCGGUAUGAAGAUGACCUCUUGGUUUGAUCUGAUGGCUUUAAGUGCAGAUGGACCAGAAGAUAUCGAGGGAAUCAAAAAAGCCAACUCUUUGGUUCUCAAGAUGAUUGAGGAAGAAGAAGCUAAACAUUCUAUACCCUGUAACAGGAUCCUGAUCGGAGGCUUUUCUCAGGGUGGUGCACUAGCAUUACACACUGCUCUUCGUCAUCCCAAAUCACUGGCUGGUGUUUUAGCUUUCAGCUGUUGGCUACCCUUGCAUAAAGAGUAUCCAGCAGCAUUGAAUCAAGCCAAUAAGGGUGUACCAAUUUUUCAGUGUCAUGGUGAUAUUGAUUUGAUAGUACCACGAAUCUGGGGUAAUAAAACUGCUGAUAUUCUGAGACCAUUGUUGACUACAUAUAAUUUUAAAGUAUAUCCAGGAUUGGCGCAUUCUUCUUCCAAUGAGGAAAUGAAAGAUGCUGCAGCAUUUAUUGCAAGGUGCUUGCCUCCUAAAUGAUUUCAAAUGAACGGAACAGUUUCAAUUUCAAAACGGUGGACAGCCAUUCAGGACCUUAGAGAUGGAUAUCUGAAACAUUUUCAAUCAUCUUUACCUUUAUUCACCUGGUACCUUUCUUUGAGCAAAAUUACUCUUCACUGUUGGACUGAAUCAAAACCACAACGGUGUGUUUGAAACACAAGUUAUUACAUUUCAAAUCCUUAGUGACCAAAACGGCAAAGUAGUAUAACGAAAGUGAAUUUUAAGGAUGGCCAAAAAGAUUUCCUUUUCAAGCUUUCAAAUUUGAAACGAAUGUCUUUCGCAUCAAUAUUACUUCAAUUUUAAUCAUAGUGACAAGCAUAUUUAAAACCUAUAUCUUAGUGAGCAAAUGCAGUUGAUUUUAGAGUAUUUUUCCUUGUUUUUGUUAAACUAUGUAAAGACAAUAACACUUAUUGUCACUGUUGAGAUUACAAUUAGUCAUUUGCAUGAAGCAAAAAAACAACGAGUUAACUAAAAACGCAAAAAAGCAAAGUUAUGAGAAACGCUCAAUCCAUAGGAUUAUAUGUAACAUGUUAAUAUCAUGAGAACAUGUACAAUCCAAUUUGUAAACCAAAUAAUUAUCAAUCCUUUUCACUGCGAGAAAAGCGAUAGAAUCCAAAUAAAGGACUUUAAUCAAUUAAA